AUGGGGCACCGUAAACCCAGGAACACGCUCAAGAAACUCAUGCUGAGCACAGGAGCCACCCUCAUAGGAGAAAUCAGGGACACAAUCUACCCAGACGAAACGCGGACAAUGGCACAGCCCAACUCGGGACAAGAAGAAGAAACGAUACAAACGGGGCUGAACACCAGCCACGAACACGCAAACGCGAUAGGGCUCCAGUGCUCACCAGACAAAUCGGAAUAUGUCGUAGUCAUAAACCACCCACGACAGAAAAUGGCAGAGGAACAGCGUAAACUUAUGAACCUCCAUAUAGGAGGCACGUUAAUACCCCGUCGGCCAGCUAUAAAAAUACUAGGAUUUAUCUGGCAACAGGACGGCAAAAGCACGGAGUGGACCGCCAAGAUGGUAAAACAACUCAUUCAGAUCUACAACAUGAUAGCACGUAUCACGCGCUACAAUCGCGGAAUGAAAGAGCACGAAUUCAGGAAAAUGGUUGAAGCGACAGCGUACUCCACAGUCACGUACUCUUAUUCAUACACACAACUAACCCAAACGCAAAAGAGGAAGAUUAAAGCAGUGCUGCGGAAAUGUCACCGUCUAGAACUAGGAACGCCCAGGUACGCAGCAACUGCGCUAGUGAACGCCACAGCUAUCCACAACACCCUUGAGGAAAAAUUCGAAAUCCAACAAGAGGCGCAGAGACACAGACUGACCACAUCCCAACAAGGGCGGAAAAUCUUGAGCAGUCUGGGAUACUCAACUGAGCGACUCCCAGAGAUCCCCACCCCGCCACCACCGUGGGAGUCCAUCCCACAUCUUACAGUACGCCCCAUCCCCAAGCAUAUGCACCCAGAAGUAGACUCAGAAAGAAGAAAGAGCAGAGCGACGCAUCUAAAAGACCUUUGCCAUGACAUCUACUACACGGACGCAAGCUUCACAAACAGUUAUGCCACCACCGCAUCGGUGGGUCCCAAAGGCCACGUCGUCAGGCGUCAUGCCAACGUCCCAUCGGUGACAGCAGCCGAAAUACAGCCGAUCGCCGAAGCCGCAACCCUCCACUCACACACAACGAAUGAGCUCACGUUUAGAACGGACAGCCAGGACGCGCUCAGGGCUUACGCUAAAAACGACUUACCUGAACACAUAUUAGGACUCCUCACCGAAUACAUGAACAAUCACCCCCCCUUGCGCAUCUACCUCGAGUGGGUACCA